AUGGUGGCGGUGGCGGUGGUGCAGGGGCCCGCCCGAUCAUCGUCAGCGGACCAGGAGCGCACGCCGCCGCACGCGGUGCAGCGGCGCGGCCCCCUCAGCGCCGGCGCGCCGCUGUUUGCGACGCCGUCCCCCCCAGACGCCCCGCAGCAGGCCGCGGCGCAGCCGCCGGCGCAGCAGGCCGCGGAGGGCCCCCUGAGCCGCCACCGCCCGCUGCUGCCGCGCUGCCCAGGCGCCGCGCCGCGCGCGCCGGCGCCGGCGCCUGCGCAGGACGGCGGCGGCGGCGGCGGCGCCAACGCGGCCCCCCCUUGCACGCCGCUCGGGCGGGCGUUCGGGGGCGCGCACCUGCAGACCCCGAGCCGCGUCCCCGUGGCGGCGCCGCCGGCGUCGGUGGCGGUGGGGCGGGGGUACAAGCAGGCAGCAGACGGCGCGCAGGCGUCCGCGGUCACGCCAAGGCCAGGCGGGGGCACCCGGAGCCGCCUGCAGCGGCCGCUUGACGACGGUGACGCGUGCGGCGCGGCAGACGCACCCGCGACGCCGGGGCCAGGCGCGGCGGCGGGCGCGGGGGCGCCGGCAACGCCGGCGCGGCAGCAUUUGCUGAGCGCGCGGCGCGUCGCGGUCGGCGGGUCGCGGCUGCCGCCGCUGGACGGCUUGGGGCCGCCUGCGACGCCGCUUGCUUUGGGCAGCGUCGCCCCCCGCAUCCCCGCGGGCCACGGCCCCGCCCACGACGCCCCCCCGCCGCCCGCCGCCGCAGCGCCUGGCGCCGGCGCGUGCGGCGCGACUCCUCUGGCCAAGCCGCCGCGGCGGUGCUCGCCCGAGGAGGAGGCGGCAGACAGGGAGGCGCAGCAGCUGCUCGCGGAAGUCCAGCGGUCGGCGCUCAUCCGGCGGCCAGACCCCGCUGCGGCCGGCGCCCUGCUGGGCCCCGAGCGCGCCCGCCGCUGGCUCCGCGAGCGCCUCGCGCUGCGCGCCGCCCGCGCCGGCGGCGCCCCCUCCCCCGCGGCCGGCGCGCUCAGCGCCGGCGUGCUGCUCUUCGGCCCCCCGGGCUGCGGCAAGACGGAGGCCGCGUUUGCGCUUGCCGCGGAGGCGCGGGCGCGGAUGCUGUUCGUGCCGGCGUCGGACGUCGCGCGCAACAUGCAGCGGGGCUGCAAGUUUGUCCGCGCACUGUUCAAGGUUGCGCGGCGGCACGCGCCGGCGGUGAUCUGCUUCGACGACGUCGAUCAGGCGUUCCCUAUCCAAUCCAAAGACGAGGACCCGUCGCUGACCCGGGCCCGGGUGGAGGUGGUCGUCCAGCUGAGGGAGCUGGCUGCAGCAGCUGCCUCCGCGGCAGCUUCCGCGGCGGCGGCCGGAGGAGGGGCGGAGAGGGGCGGUGUCGCGGCGGCGCCGGCGGCGGGCGCGGAAGGGCAAGGCACGCCCAGGGGCGUCGCAGCGCCGCAGCAGCUGGGCAACGGCUCGACUGCGGCCGCACCGGCGGCUGCGGCGGGCGGCGGCGGGGGGCGCGAGGCGCUGGUGCAGCCGCUGUUUGUCAUUAUGACGUCAUCAAGGCCCGAGGACCUGGACCCAGGGGUCGCGGCGGCGGCGGGGGCGCGGCUGCUGCUGCAGCCGCCGGGGCGGGAGACGCGUGAGGAGAUAAUCACCGCGCAGGUGUGA